GUUGAAAGAUGUGGUUGGGGGUUGGGAUUGUUUGAAGUUACGAAUACGGUGGAAGUUGAUAAUAUAUAUGGUAAAGGGGUUAUAUUACGAUAUGGAGCACGGAGGAUUGGAGUUUUGAGGAUGUUGGGCUAAAAGGUUUUUGUCAAAGUUAUUGAUCGUCCUGCAUUUUUGGAUUAUAUUUUAAAUUAUACUGCUUCUAUUUAUCAAUCUGAUCUUACAUAUAUUUUUCAAACGCAACCACCUUAUAAUUCGCACGCGACUGUAAACACAUCAGUCGUCGCUCAUGAACUGGGGGUGUGUGGCAACACCAGCGCGGGGACCGGCCCGCCUGACAAGGUACCCCCCCCUGAAGCUGAUCCACAUCCCUGCAGCACUCAUCCCACGCCGCACCGACGACGCCCGCCAUGCCGCCGACGGCUCUCAGUUCCGGUUUUAACGUCGCCGACGAAUGCGCACAGAAUUUCCGUAGCUGACGGCUCGCUGUUCCGUUCACGAUGUCGAGGAUGAAGGUCAACACGGAGGGAAGUUCCCCAGCUGAAGGAUCGCAGGUGAGCGUGGCCACUAGCAGUGAAGCGUCUACAUUGACGGGUUUUGCUCGUCUUGUUCGUCUUGCUCGCCUUGAUCGUCUUGCUCGCCUUGAUCGUCUUGCUCGCCUUGGUCGUCUUGCUCGCCGUGGUCGUCUUGCUCGCCUUGUUAGUAACGCUCUUUAUAGGUUACCGCCCUUCGCCGUUCACCAUGUCUUCAUGAUCACCAUCUCUAUCUGUAUCAUCUUUCUCUCCAUCCUUGUCGCCGGCUGCACAACUACAGGCCUCAAAGACGUGUACCUCCUGUCGCUCUCCUACCAGCCAGCCACCCCCUACCCCCCCUCCCCAUUGCAGCUGAGCCCGUCCCUCUCCACCACCUUCGCCAACCUUGCAGGCAAUUCUACAACACUCCAAGUCCGCGCCGGCUAUAUUGGGAUGUGCAUCAGCGCCGCACCAGGGAACUGGACUUGUUCACGCGACGCCGAUUCACUCGCCCGCGCCCUGAAUGGGACCCAGAGUGGAAGCAGCCCCGACCCACUAAACAUCCUCUGGAUCGCCAGGACCUUCCGCGACACCAUCAUCUUCGAUGGGCUCAUAUUUGCGUCCAUCGCGUUCAUGGUCAUCACCCUCAUCCUACUAGUGACCUACCCGCAGUGGCACGGCAACGAGGACGACCACGGGUCCGAGGUCGAAAUUCGUCCUUUCCCGUCGCGCUCUGUGUCGAAGGUCACGCUGGCAGCGACUUUUAUUGCGGCCAUCCUCGUGCUGAUCUCGAUACUAUGGCAGCAUGUGGCCACGGCAACGGCGUCGAGUAUGGGCGGGAGCUUGGCGUAUGGGGCGGUGAGGGGCGGGGUGGGUGCGGCGGCUAUGGUGCUGGGAUGGGGAGGGGUGUUGCUGGUUGUCGUUGCGAUGUGUGGGGUUUUAAUUAUGAUUUUGAGUAUCCAGAAUCUUCAGGCCAUAGAAGAUUGAUGACGUGGUGUUUAGCAAAGCGGUGCUGCAAAAAGGGGCUUAAAAGGAAUAGCGUUGUGUAGAAUACUAUACUAUAAAUAGCGUAUUAUGGUACUCUUAUUUAGA